UGGAGGACAAUCACUGGAUGCGACAGCUAUACGCCGAAAUAAAGAGAGAAACCCAAAUGACCGGGCACGAAUUGGGUUUAAGGUUGAUGCAGCAAUGGAAUACCAGAAUCUUAGCUGGACUCCAGUUAUCGGGUGUUUAAAGGUUUCUGGUGGUCUUCCACGGUGCUCACGAUCUAAAGAGUGGGAUGAUACCCUCAAACUAGGAUUAGAACUUCGGGACCUAUGGGCUGUUGCUGAGGAUCAAUUGAAAGGCACGGAUGUGGAUAAAUUGGUCUGGUGGGAUCUUACAGUAGUUGGCCGCAAGAUCAGAGUGUACGCUUUUGCUGCUUCUGGUGGAUUAUUUCGAAUACAAGAAGAAGCUAAGAAUAUGCUGUGUGAAUUCAGUCGAAAGAAGGUGCAGAUGAUUACUAGAAAGAGGGAUUUAGAGGAGUCAGCGGAAAAUAUAUUGACAAAAAAACCAAAAAUUGUAGACACACCUAUUCGUGAUGCACGAAAUAGGCGAAAUU